AUGGCCGCGGCGAUGCAGACUUCGCGGCAGCUCACUUGCUAUAUCUACGCAGGUCUGCCCCUUCUGGCGCCGCGCAGCCGGCCCCAGGUGGCGCGCAAGGCCGCCGCCAUCCAGGUGCCCAUCAUGGAGCUGUCUGACGCGGAUCGUGCUCAGAUGGCGAAGGAGCUGGGCUACAUCCAGAUCGGCCGGGAGGUGCCCUCCAGCUACUCCCUUACUGAUGUGGUCAAGUCCAUGCCCCAGGAGUGA